UAACUUUCUAUAACGAUUACGAAACUAUUGGCUUUAGGCUACGCCAUUGAUUCUACGUUACACAUUCUACCAUGUCUCCAUCGGCGCACUCCACCGACUUAGCAACAGACUAAACGCCAAGGGUGUGAAGGAAAUUGUCUGCUGUUGGUUUUGGAACCUUCCUUUCUGAGGAAAACCCAGGGGCAUUAUGCAAGUGAGAGAGGAAAACCGGCCAUUGAUUAUUAUUUUCCGAUUGCGGACACCACGUUCCAGCCACCUUGGCAAGCUGUCCAGUGCCCUUCAUAGAAAAGUUGUGGAUUUCUAGCUCUAGGCUUGUCGGUAUUUUAUCAAAAGUUUCCCACGGUCCCAUUUUGUGUAACCACCGCCCCUUGUUUAUCUUCUUCUAUGAGUCUUCCUUUUUCUCUGUGCUUCAUUUGUUCAUAGUGCGCCUAGAUACGACGCAAUGGAGCAAAGUGAGGUUCACAAGAUGGGCAACAAUCUCGGUUCAAGAGAGGUGGAAGGUUCCGUCUCCAGCAAACAACGCGAUGAGGCAAAUCUGGCUCGCUUGGGUAAGCGCAGUGUUUUGAAGCGCAACUUUGGCUUUUUGGCAGUUCUAGGUUUCAGUACUACGAUCUUGAUUACGUGGGAGGGCCUUUUCACAACAUUUCUUCAACCUCUUCAAAAUGGGGGUCCGGCUGGUGCCGUCUACGGAUACCUUUUUGUUUGGGCAGGAAUAGCAGCAACCUUUGCGAUGCUGUCUGAAAUGGUUUCGAUGGCUCCGACAUCUGGUGGCCAAUACCACUGGUGUUCCAUGCUGGCGGCUCCUAAUGCAAUGAAGUUUUCAAGCUAUGUAACCGGAUGGCUCACUGUCGUCGGCUGGCAGGCUACAUUUGCGACCGCUUGUUAUCUCAGCGGGACUAUUAUCCAAGGUCUCAUCGCGCUGGCAAACCCGACCUAUGUCGCUCACCCUUGGCAUUCUACACUUUUAUAUUGGGCUGUAGUAGCUUUCGGAUUGUUCAUUAACACCGUUGGUGGUGCUACUCUCCUUCCUAAAUUCGAGGGCCUUAUUCUGGUAUUGCAUAUAAUUGGGUUUUUUGCUGUGCUUAUUCCAUUGGUGUACAUGUCCGAGCACGUUAGUGCCGAAGAGGUGUUUGCAGCUUGGGAAAACGAUGGCGGGUGGGAAACCCAGGGCGUUUCCUUCUUUGUCGGACUUAUAGGUGUCGUAUUUGCCUUUGCUGGUGGUGAUGCUGCCGUGCAUAUGGCUGAAGAAACUCAAAAUGCACCUAAAGUCGUCCCAAUCUCGAUUAUGUUUAGCGUUGUCGUCAACGGUGUUCUCGGCUUUGCGAUGCUUAUUGCUUCCCUCUUUUGCAUUGGAAAUCUCCAGGAAGCCAUCGAAUCACCCACUGGCUACCCAUUUAUGGCAAUAUUCUUGCAAGGAACCAACUCGGUAGCCGGCGCCACCACAAUGGCUUCUGUUGUCAGUGUUAUGGCUAUUUGUGCCACAACCGGUAUGCUUGCCACUGCCUCUCGUAUGUUCUGGGCCUUUGCACGCGAUCGGGGUAUCCCCGGAUGGCGUCUCUGGAGUCAGGUGUCCCCGCGCGCCGGUGUGCCUGUCAACGCUGUUUUGUUUACGGCUACGGUAUCGACCCUUUUAGGGCUAAUCCCGCUUGGGUCACCUGUCGCCUUCAAUGACUUGACGUCUAUGUCUACUUCAGGCUUAUACCUGUCGUAUAUGGUUUGCUGCAUCCUAUUACUUUACCGUCGCUGCACCGGUGGAAUCAUAGACCCUACCGACACUUCUAAUCCUGGGGGGCCAUCUGCCGCUGACGACGAGCAGAUUGUCAACACAGCUGGCGCAAAGCUUGUUUGGGGACCGUUCCACCUCAAAGGAAUCUUCGGAAUUGCAGUCAAUGUUUUUGCCAUUAUUUAUAUGCUUAUAACCGUGUUUUUCAGCUUUUGGCCUCCAACGGCCCAGGUUACGACGUCUACAAUGAACUAUAGUGCAGUUGGCACGGUUGGGACGAUGGCUUUGAGCCUGGUAUAUUACUUUGUCCGUGCUAGACACGUAUAUGAAGGACCAAUUGUGGAGAUGUAAGAAAACGAAAAGCGCUGGUAUUUUUCCUUUCGUUCAUUGUGUCAAAACUUGGUUUCAACCUUCAGCUAUUCACACAGGAAAAAGGACGUUCGCGCAUCGCGUUCUGAAUAUAAAAUAGGACCACAUUAUCAUUAUAUUUCUAAUAUUAUUGUUUGCAUAACACUAUCUACCAGCUAUUUUCAGUGGAAGAUCUAUCUGCGUAUAUAUUAUUCCGCCAACACACCAUUCCUUAGCUUAUAAUGAAUGCUCAAAUUGGCGCCUUUUCAAAUUGAUAUAUCCCGUGGAUUAAAUCUUCUACCUAUUCCUUGGACACCUUUUAAGUAAAACAUUCUUCGAUUUUGCUUUAUUUUUCUAGCUAUCAUUCAACUCGGUCCACAUUUAUCUAUCUAUGGCAACAUUUUGAAGACAUUGACUAGCAAUCUUUAUUUACUAUUAUAUCGAUGCCUGGUAUUUCUUUAGAAAAGUAUUUGAAGGAAUUUUC